AUGGCUGGAACGGGAUCCACGCAGAGCGCUCACCUCACCGAGGACGAGCUCCAACAAAGCGCGACGAAUACCGACGAGGCUCCCGAGUUUGACCCUGAGGACGACGCCCCGGCCGAGGACGAUCCAGAUGCCGAAGGCGAAGAAUACGACGAGGAUGGAGCAGGAGACGAAGAUGCCGAGGGCGAAUAUGAGGACUUAGAUGUCCUACCAGAAGAAGCCGAGGAGGGCGAUCAAGAAGGUGCAGUAGAAUCUGGAGACGGCAACCUUGGAAGCGAUAUGGAUGCCGAGGGCGAGGACGACGAGAAUUACGACGACGAUGCCGAAGGCGAACCGGAUGAUGAAGCCAUCGAACAAGCACACUUGGGCCGGGGCAAGGAGAUCCCAGAAGACGAUGAGGAAGACGAGAACGAGGACGAGGAAGGAGUCGGCGCUGUCAAGCUCAGGCCAGGCGAGACUGACGAGGAAAGCGAGGCCAGCGAGGGCGAAUCGUAUCAUGCCGAGAGCGAAGAGGCAUCCGAAGGAGAGGCCGAAUGGAACGUCGCUGCAGACCAUGACGACGACGACGACGAAUCGGAGAACGCGCCGGCUAAUAUCUGCAUGUUUUGCAAGCAAGACGAGGACAACGACCCGUGUGAGGAGUUUGAGAUAUUUCUGACUUGUACCGGCUGUGGUGACAGUGCUCACCAGCAGUGUGCUCGGGAGAACAAGGCGCUGGAGGGCAAGCAAACCUCUAAGUCCUGGAGAUGUCCCGAAUGCCAUGAACAUUCCGAGGCCGAGCAGGACGAAUCUCAAGACGAAUCUCAGGAGGAACUGAAUGACGAAUUGAAUGGCAUCGUCGACGCCGAUUCACCUCCUGCCGCAAGACGGGCCACGGCGCCCAAACUCGCCAGGGACCUCCUUCCAUCGCAACGAGGGGCAGUGAAGCCAGAUUCACAUUCCGUGUUCAACCAACUUGUCCUUGAUGAUGACCCCAUGGAUGGAUCGCGCGUGCUUAGAAAGCGCAAAACAUCUUCAGCGGAAGCUGAUGAGCACGUAGUCGGCCUCCGCAAACGACGUAAGAAUACUGGGGACAGCCACAGUAUCGAAGGGGCGGCAAACGGCGCAAAUGGAGUCGAGGAGGACAGUCGUCCACGCUCUGCACGAUCCCUCCGAUUGAAGAUAUCAACCAACGCGCCAGCAACAAUUAUCAAGAAGACCAGGACGACACUUGUUGUGAGGUUCCGCAUCGCGCCAACGGAACUGAAAAAGAUCACAUCCAAAAAGCCCAAGCCAUCAAGGGGCAGUGGAGGUGGGGGUGGACGGCGCACAACAGGAUCCAGGCCAGCCAGAGCGGCUGUUCCGUCGCGCUCGAGGCGAGCUGCCACACCUCCAAUCGCACCCUUCGCCUCAAAUCUCUCGCAGCCUUUUUACUCAUUUUUCGACAAAGAUAUGGACGACAAGGGGAAACCGUACGGAGGCAUCCUCACAGAGGCCGAGGCAGAUACUUCAAAGACCGUGCCUACCAACGAAGACCGCCGCCGUUUCGAUGAGGCCAAACAGAGGGCCGAGGAGGACUGGCAAGAGCGGCUUCUGAAGAUGCAAGAGGAGAUCGAGGUGCCCGCCAAGAAGUCAAAGAAGUCGCAAGGGCCUGCUAGUCAAAUCGAGUGCAUCGAGUUUGGCGGCUGGGAAAUCGACACAUGGUAUGCGGCUCCGUACCCGGAAGAGUACAGCAGGAACCGUGUGCUUUUCAUCUGCGAGUUCUGCCUCAAGUACAUGAACUCAGACUACGUUGCUUGGCGACACAAAUUGAAGUGCCCAGCGAAGCAUCCCCCCGGAGAUGAGAUCUACAGGCAUGGGUCCAUCUCCGUCUUCGAAGUCGAUGGUCGAAAGAAUCCGGUCUACUGCCAGAACCUGUGUCUGUUGGCCAAGUUGUUCUUAGGCUCGAAGACGCUCUACUACGAUGUCGAACCAUUUCUCUUCUAUGUGCUUUGCGAGUACGACGACCUUGGUUACCAUUUUGUUGGCUAUUUCUCAAAGGAGAAGAGGGCCAGCAGUCAGAACAACGUCUCUUGUAUUCUGACUCUACCGAUCCACCAGCGAAAGGGAUAUGGCAACCUCCUGAUCGAUUUCUCCUACCUCCUUACCAGGGUAGAGGGGAAAACGGGAUCUCCUGAGAAGCCGUUAUCCGACAUGGGUCUGGUGUCAUAUCGAAACUAUUGGCGCCUGGUAAUGUGCCGCUAUCUUCUCCAGCACUGUCCGGAGGACAAACAUGUGAAGAGGGGCCUCAGCAUCAAGCAAAUAUCCGAUGACACUGGACUCACGGCGGACGAUGUCAUUUCAGCCUUGGAGGGGCUGAGAUGUCUCGUGCGCGACCCGCAAACCCAGCUCUACGCCUUCAGAGUUGACAUACAGUUCUGUAAAGAGUACGUUGCGAAGUGGGAGUCCAAGAACUAUGUUCAACUCGACCCGAGCGUGUUGACUUGGACGCCCUAUGUUAUGGGCCGCAGCAACGCUACAAACUUCGAACUGGCGCCCGCCAUACAUGCCAUCGCCCCUAGAGAGGAAGACGACGAGCAGAAAGCCGACGAAGCUGUGGUUGCAGAGGUCGUGGAGAAUGGCAAGCCUGUCGCUGUCCAAGUUGAACCCGAGGCUGAGGCUGGGGUUCCCGCCGAGGUUGACACUGAAAUCGAGGCCGGCCCGGAGGCCAACGGCAUCAACCACGAGGCGGAAGCGGCCGAGAAGAAGGAGGCUCAGAUGGAGGCGGAGGCGGCCGACACGGUGCUCGAGUCCACGGAACCCAACGAAAUGGGAAUGGACGGAGCGAGCGAUGCAGGAAAUGGCAACGAGCCCACGUCCCAUGAAACCGAGGCUUCCUUCGAAAACCGAGCGACAGAGCCCAAUGUCGUUGGAGAUAGGGGCGAUCAAAAGGACUCAAGUGCCAAGCACUCUGACAACAAGGAGAACUCGUGGGUGGAUGCCUACAGCGGCAUUCCGGCCACCAGGUUUGUCGUGUAUCCUCAUAUCCACGGUGGGAGGCGCACUACGGCAGUCCGUCCGAUCACGACCCCACGGCCUCCGGUGGUUCGGACAGCUAGUGUAUCUCGACCAAAAGCCCGGAGGCCAACUGGCAGCCGGCGAUCCGCAGGGCCCAAGGCCAGGAGCAGCAGCAGCGCGCGUAGGAAGCCCGGUGGCACCGGACGAGGACCAGGACGCUGGCCGAAGGGUACGAAAAAGAGUGAUUAUGGAAAUGCCGAUAGCGGCCCGGGACUGCCGCCAGGGUGGCUCGAGCAACGGCGUUUGGAACUUGCUGCUGGCGAGAAGAUGACGACGCAAGAGGCGGAGGAGGCUCUUGGCGUCAGCGGUAAUGGUGUCAAAGGCAAAGAGGCCGAGGGCCAGGUCACAGCCAGCCCACGUCGGGUCAAUGGCAAUGGCGCGGCUUCUGCUAGGAGCAGCAGCAGCAGUCGCGAUACGGACGGGGGUGGUGACGGUGACGGCGACGUCGCCAUGAUUGAUUCUGAGGACAUUGCUGCCUAG